CUAAGCCAAUCCGAGGCGGUGUAUGGCCCCGGCAGUGAACCCAUGAGCACCGUGUUUGUUAGUCGCAGGAAGCAGGAGGACGCGACCCGUCGAGUUGGUACCAGCUUCUUCACCUCUCAGCGGACAUGAACCCGUGCUUAGGAGGAAACGUAGCGUCGGAUCCGCUCUAUGGAUAUUUUUCAGCUGUUGCAGGGCAGGAUGCACAGAUCUCAUCUGACGAGCUGCAGCGCUGCCUCACGCAGUCGGGCAUCUCUGGCUCAUAUCAGCCCUUCAGCAUGGAGACCUGCCGGCUGAUGAUCAGCAUGCUGGAUAGGGACAUGUCCGGCACCAUGGGCUUUGCUGAGUUCAAGGAGCUGUGGCAGUCUCUGAACCAAUGGAAGACGGUCUUUGUCUCAUACGACCAGGACCGCAGUGGAACAAUGGAGGGCCAGGAGCUGCAGCAGGCCAUUGCCAACUUUGGUUACAGAUUGAGCCCUCAGGCCCUGAACAUCAUCAUGAAGCGCUACAGCUUGAACGGCAGGAUCACCUUCGACGAGUUCCUGAGCUGCUGCAUCAGACUGCGCAUCCUGACGGAUCAGUUCAAAAGAAGAGACGCAACCCAAAGUGGCAGCGCCUCGUUUCAGUACGAUGACUUCAUCCAGGUCACCAUGAGCGUCUGAAGAGGAAACAAAGCAGAAACAUCCAAUUCUCACCUUAACUGCACGUGAUCGUUAUAUGGACUCUGCUGUCUUUUACUUUUUAUUAUUACUCUUGUAUUAACAAGAUUAAGAUGUCACUGUAACAUUCCAUUUCAUUAUGAACGUUAAACCUGUCUCUGCCUUCACCUCAUUAACUGUGCAUGUGAUCAUGUGUGAAGUGAAUAAACAUGUAGCGUGUC